AUGUCUAACAACCUCGACACUACAGAACCCCUCUCAGAUAUUCACGCGUCGUACUCUCCACGAUCAACACCGUUGCAGCGCGCCAAACAUUCUCCCGACGACGAGCUCCGCGAGCAGCAGCAGCCUGGCGAUGCGCCAGAGGACGAUGACGAUGUACCGUAUCCCGAGCCUAGUUUCGAGCAGCCGUUGCUACCACCACCGAACUUCCGACCUUUCUUUACUCUAAUCGAAGAUACAACGUCGGGCGAGCACUACCACCCGUAUACACACUAUGUCUUUGCAGACGACGACCCGACCAUCAUAACCGCCGCAUCGAUGCGAGGCUUAGGGCUGGAUGAUACAAAGUACCUCCCACAGGAUGCGCCAGGUGGUGGUGAGAGACGACGCAACCAGGGAAGUGAAGAAGGAGACGAGCAAGCCUCACCAGUCGAGUCACCGCUUCCCCCACCUAUACCGGGUGUCAAGGAACACUACCUCAUAAUCGAUGUCGCGGCGGACGGACGAACCAUCGCAGAUGCGCAGUCGCUUUCGUCGGAGUGGCAGAUAACGGAAACGGAUGUGCGAACAGCUCCGUCGUUCGAUGAGGAUGCGCCAGAUCAAGGGUACAUGCUCCGGAUUCAAGGCGUUGAGAUACCGAGGAAGAGCAAGGGAAAGGGUCAGGCUGGACUGGACAGGCUGAACGAGGCGAGGGACCAACAAGCCGAUAUCUUCGAUGCAUUAGACGGAUUAGUACAGGGUAUCGAGGGAGGACUGGAGACUGCGGGCAAGAUCUCGGGCGCGAGGUCAAGAAUAGGCGAACAAGGCACACUGGCCGAUGCUCGUGAGGAUGAUAUAAGCAAGACGGUGGGUGAUCAAGCAUGA